UCCCGCCUUGCUUCACGAUGGGAAUGCUUUCGGUUGCAUCGCAGCCUUGGCUUCUGUAGAUCCCUUUGUAAGCACAUUCCAUAGAUAGAUAUUGCAGCUGAAAAAAGCAUGCGACUGGUUGGAAUCCACCCGUUGAAAAUAAAACAUGCUACCGUUAAUAAACACGCUCCAUAGAUAGAGAUUGCACCUGAAAAAAGCAUGCUACAGUUAACAAAAACACGCUCCUAUUCCUUAACCCAUUAUAUAUAUGGCCAUUGAUUUAGAAGAGUAGCUCAUCCGCAAUGUUCAGUAUUUCCCUGCGUACGUUGAUUCUGAAUGUACUAGCUAUCCGGACUCCUCUGGUUAUUGCUGCUUCAAGGCCAUAGUGAGCAUAGAGAUGAAAGAUUUUAGGGAACUGAAUUUAUAGAUUCUUGGUAUAGGAUUCGAUGCCCUUUCUGCAAGGGGUGAAUUUUCCAUUUGGUGUGCCCUAUCUGCGGAGGAAUGUUGUCCGAGGGAGUGAUGCCUCCAACGCCUCAGAUGUCAUCCGCAUCACCAAUCAUGUGCGGAGGAAUGUUGAUUUACUUCGGAAAGGAGAACCAGUACGUAUAUUAGCUUAUUAUGGUAGCCACGGACCAGCAAAAAUUGCAGAGGCAGCAGUGAUGACGAGGAGGAAGAGAAGGAGGAGGAGAAAUGAAGCAGAAUUACAUAUCACAAGCACCAAGAAAUACAAUAGUAUUGGCGAUAAGGAGGAUAAUGAGGAAAUAGCCAAGCAGCUAGCGAAAGCUAGAAAAGUCUGUUUAUCUGAAGUCCCAAAUAAACAGAUAGCAGCCACAUACUGAUCAAGUGUGCAACAUUAGAUAAUGUUUGGAUCUGGUUCAAGCAGUCGAUGUGGCAGAAGCAAUUGGCAUUCGUUGAUUACUAUAAUGAUAAACACCUUUACCAUGUCUGUAGAAUGAUGUCUAGAGUGCACAGUGAUGCGUAGAGUUUCUCAAUUGUUAUUGAAGCCAAUGUAGAACAAAUUUUAAUUUUACAAUUGCACUUUUGCAUCAUUUGCUGAAAUCGAUCAACUUAUUUGUAAAUGGCUAUGUAAAUAGAUUUGUUGUUUAAUAAUUUUUUUUUUUUGGGAGGGGUUGAAUUUGCCCCCUCCUCAAGG